GCAAUUUGAUUCCUUUUUAUAGUUUAAAGGGCGUAGAAUAUAUAAUUUCUCCAAAGGUGCAUGGAAGAAACUCCACUUGGCAGAAACUAGGCUAUUUCUAUUGCCUGAUGUCAUAUGGAAGUUAUUUUUAAGAAUGUUGACGCUCUGGAAUAAAAGUAAAGGAAUACGUAUCACUGACGUUUGCUCUUUAUGUACCGCUUAAUCCAUUCUCCCAGUAACUGCAUACAAAUCCAUGCUGUAAACCUUGGAUUAAUAUCUAUUUUUUCAACACAACCCAUUGUUUUGUUUUUACAGCGAGGGAGAACAACAGCUGUUUUGGUAUCUCUCUUUGGUAAGAGGAACAACCUUGCUGGGGACCCCAUGGUGGGUUUAUUUAGUCUCCUUUCCCAGUGAUACAAGGAUAAACCGCAAUACCAAUUCUGUGUGAGCACAACUUUCUCAACACAAGGGGGAGACAACAUUUAUUCCUCGACAAGGGAUGGUAGAUAACUUUGUAGUGAGUGAGGAGUCUUUUCUGAUAUACUGUGGCUCCCCGCCCGCAUACCACCUAUCGGACAUGGUGACAGACUCAAGCACCUACCAGGUGAUGUCCUCGCCCUUCUCUGAGGAUGACCUCAGCGAGUCAUCCAGCCCCCGGUCCUGUUCUAGCCCAGAGUCCCAGGUCUUCAGCUCCAGCUAUGGUAGCAGCUCCAGCACAGAGAGCCAGGACAGCAUCCUGGACUACCUGCUCUCCCAAACCUCUCUGGGGGCUGCAGGUGGUGGAGCAGUGGUCCCCAUGCCACUACCCAAUUUCUUGUGGGACUGUCGGAGGGAUGCGCCAACAAAUCCGGAGCCAGUGAAGGAGGAGAAUUUGGACUUCCCGGUUUGGUCUUCUGUGGACAUGGAAGAGCCACCUGGAAGGUCCUUCCAGCCAACCCUGGAGGAGAUUGAAGAGUUCUUAGAGGAGAAUAUGGAGGUGGUGUCAAUGAAGCAGGAGUCCCAGGAGGGACAGGCGUUGGAGGAGGUGGUGGGUCUGGGGGGGGGCUUAGAAGUCUGUAGGAAUGCUUCCCCAGGGAAAAGGCUGGAAGCAGAGUCCAAGCAUUCAGACCAAACUGUGCCCACUUCAAAUGCUGCUGACACCGCAACCACCAAGGAAAUGACCAAAGGUAUACAGGCCAAAACUCCUGCACAGGAACCUGACACAGGCCUGAACAAAGGCCCAAAGAGGGGCUCAGCCAAUAAGAGUGUCUCCACAGAUGGUGGUGCCAAUGAUGACAGUAGUGGGAUGCCGGUCAUCGUCCAGAUCCAGCCCAUUCAGAUCAAACAGGAACCAACAGCGACACCAACUCCACUGCCUAUAUCCCAGCCCCCACAAUCAACCUUGGCCUCGGAUAUCAAAAUAGCCCAACUUCUGGUCAACAUCCAGGGCCAGACCUUUGCACUGGUCCCCCAGCUCCUUCCCUCCACCAACCUCAAUGUCUCCUCCAAGUUUGUGCGCAUUGCACCAGUCCCCAUAGCGGCCAAGCCCCUGGGGAAUGGGGAUGCCUUGGCGGGGAGUCAGGGAGGGGGGAUCUUGGUCGGGGGUCAGAAGUUUCAGAAGAAUCUAAUGGCAGACCUUAUCAAAAUGCACAAAUGUACUUUCCCAGGCUGCACCAAGAUGUACACCAAGAGCAGCCAUCUCAAGGCUCACCUUAGAAGACAUACCGGGGAGAAGCCUUUUGCUUGCACCUGGUCUGGGUGUGGAUGGAGAUUCUCGCGUUCAGAUGAGCUGUCGCGACACCGGCGGUCCCACUCCGGGGUCAAGCCCUACCAGUGCCCUGUAUGUGAGAAAAAGUUUGCUCGUAGUGACCACCUGUCAAAACAUAUUAAGGUCCACCGCUUUCCACGAAGCACCCGGACGGUGCGCACUGCAAACUGACUCCUCUCUGAUCACUGUCAAACAGACAUUGGCCAAGGAAGCAGAGAAAGAGUAUAUGGAUGUGUGUGGAGGUGUUUGUGACUUCAAAUGUGUGUCUUUUGAAAAGAAAGUGUGAUUGGGGUCAUGGUAAUUUAUUGUGCAAAUCAAAACUUGGUUACCAUCUUCUCUGUCAUCAGAAUUUCAGAAAACUUGGUGACAUGUUGUAUUCUCUGUAAAUGUUUUCGCAGUCCUUUAUCUUUUGUUUCAGUGUAAGAUAAGAUCAAAUCAACUUUCAUUGUAGCUAAAAUGUAUAUCGCUUCAGUAAUGGCCUUGUGUUUUUAUUUUACCUAGAUAACAGACUGCCUUUUUAUCUUUAAAAAAACGCCAAUGUCUUGGACAUUACUUAUGUUAUGCAAUAUUUAGGAAGUCAGGUUGAAGUUUCUCUGGAAACUUCUGUCCUUGUGUUUGUUUCGUCUUAUUGUGCCAUGCAUUUGGGUGGCGAAAAGGUGAAGCAAUGAACUUAAGUCAUUUAUGGACAUGAACUACUGAUUACACAAAUAAGAGAAUGUCUCUAUAAGAUAGUGGGAUUCUUUUCAAGAACCUGCUCCAGUUAUGAUACAAGGCAAGGGAAAGUUCAAAGCAAUAAGAAUAUCAAAAAUGCAACAAAAAAGUAACACGCACAGUAAAUGAUUGUUAAUUUUUUAUAUGUAAACAAGCCUUCCAGUCAGCUUUAGAUUAUUACUUUUGUUUUUUCCAGCUUUUUAUUCAAGUGAAUAACAUGUUUAUGUUGGUCUUUUUUGAAUUGGUAGCUCAAGUAGUCUUACAACUCAAGUUUGGCCUUAACUUACCACGGUAUCCUUUUGAUGGAGCAACCAGUGGUCACAUAAUAGGUUGUUUAUCAAGAAUAUUUAUUUGUCGGGUAACCAGUGUCUAAAUCAGGAAAAAGAUUAAGGAGGAAUUAUACACUACAGAGCUCAGCAUACAUAGCCAUUGAGAUGAAUGUCUCAAUUAGCUAAUUUAGUUGGUUGUCAACACAAAAUCUGCCUCAGUUGUUCAAUCUGUUACUGGAAUUACCCUCAAGUUUUUGCCUUCAACUUGCUAUGGCAGCAUGGGGCCCUGUAUGCGGACACUACACACCGUGGUGCUGAACGCCCGGAAGAACUACCUUCUGGCGAUUCAUAGUUGUCAUAGUUGUUUCUGUUAGCUCUUGAAUGUGUGUGCUAUGUGUGUAACAAAGGUUGUGCGGAUGGCCGUCCAUGAAUAUCUUAUGUAUGUUUGAAAUACAGGGGGUACACAAUAUUGUACAUCAUUCCUUUCAUUCAAUUUUUGAAUUUUGAAUGCUUGUUUAAACACAGGUGUUUUAUCGCAUCCUAUGAAUGUAUGUAAAUAUGAGGACGUGUACAUGGCUGCAUACACAGGAAAACACACAAGACUUCUGAUAAACUAUCUUAGUCUGUCUUUGUGAAUAUUUCUAGUGUAAACCCUAAAAAUGUACAUAAAGUUUCAGUACAUAUGAAUAUAUUCUAUAUUUUUUCUUUGUUCUACCUAAGAUGCAUUUACAAAUAAAAAGAAAGCAAAGCAUGUGAAUGUGUAUAUAU